UUGCUAUCAGGUGUUACCCGGAUCCUUAUAAAAGAAAGUGUUAUUCUCAUUCAGUCUUCGCCAUAAAUAGAGAUCAGCAGCGCUCUAAACUCCUUCAAUGACUACCAAAAUAGAUCUUCCUUCUUCUUUUCCACCAUCCCGUAAAUUGACGUUCGAUCGAUGUGCUCCUUUAAUAAGGCUUGAAUCUGCUUUUGGGGUAUUGAUUUCCAUUCUUUUAUUUUGCAUGCAGUGCUACUCGAUCCCAUUAUUAUAAAAGAAGUCCAAGUCAUUAUUCUGAUUCUAAAAAGAGUGAUGGCCUUCCCUGUCAGGCUUAUGCUUUUGUCUUCCAUUUGCCCGCUAGUUUUUUUCUCUGCUUUUUUUUUCUGUGGAUUUAUCUCUUUAGGGUUGUACCUGUUGUUCUUCUUCUCCACUGUUUCUAUUUGCUGUUGCCUUUUGGGAUUCAGUCUACUCCAUGGACAGAGACCAGCAACACUACUGAUCCACACUACUUCAGUUAACACCAAUACAAAUAUAAUUCCUUCUUCUUCUUCUUCUUCUCCACCAACCGGUAAAUUUAUGUACGAUGUGUUCCUCAGUUUCAGAGGUAAAGAUACCCGCAAAAAUUUCACGGAUCAUCUUUAUACUGCUCUCAAACAGAAAGGUAUAUCCACUUUUAGAGAUGAUGAAGAACUCGAGAGGGGGGAAUCGAUUGGUCCAAAUCUCUUGAAAGCAAUCGAAGAAUCAAGAUAUGUGGUUGUUGUUUUCUCACGAAACUACGCCGAUUCUGCAUGGUGCUUGGAUGAGAUUGCCAAGGUCGCCGAUUGCAUGAAAGCCAUGGGAACAAAAGUCCUUCCAGUGUUCUACGACGUUGAUCCGAAUGAGGUACGAAGACAAACAGAGGGUCACUUUGGGAAAGCAUUUGAGAAGCAUCAAAAGCGGUAUAAAGUGGAACCAGACAAAGUAAAGAGGUGGAAAGACGCUCUUUUUCAUGUAGGCAAUCUCUCUGGAUGGCAUCUGCAAGAUGGGUACGAAUCCAAAGUCAUUCAAGAAAUUGUUCAAAACAUUUUCACCGAGUUAAAUCAAUUAAUCCCAAUAUCUGAGGGUUUAAUUGGGAUGGAUUCUCAUCUGAAUGAAAUACUUUCGUACUUAGACAUUGGGAGUCCUGAUGUUCGGAUCAUAGGGAUUUGUGGGAUGGGUGGUAUCGGUAAGACGACUAUUGCACAAGUGGUUUUUGAAAGGGUACAAGCUCAGUUUGAAGGUUGCAGCUUUCUUGAGAAUAUUAGAGAGGAAGCAGAAAAGCAAGGUGCAAUUCAUUUACAAAAGCAACUUCUUUUGAACUUUCUGAAAUGUAAUGUAAAUGUACAGACCACUAAAAUGGGAAAAGAUAUAAUCAGACGUAGACUAUGUACUAAAAGGGUUCUUCUCAUUCUUGAUGAUGUGGAUCAAGAAGAACAAUUGGAAGUAUUGUGUAAUCGCACUUGGUUUGGUCCAGGGAGUAGGAUCAUAUUAACAUCAAGAGAUGAACACUUGCUCAGUGCAUUUGGAGUGGAUAAAGUAUACAAGGUGAAUCCAUUAACUGCUGCCGAAGCUCUUGAGCUCUUUGGUAUGAAAGCCUUUAAGAAAGACCAGCUGGUUGGGGAAGAUUUUCUCGAGCUAUCCAAGGAAUUUUUGAAAUAUGCUGACGGCCUUCCAUUAGCUAUUAAAGUUUUGGGUUCCUCUGUUCAUGGUAAAAAUGUAAAAUUGUGGUCUAGUGCACUGGACAGACUAAAAUCCAAUCCUCAAAAAAAAAUUAUCAAUGUUUUUAAAGUUAGUUUUGAUGGAUUAGAAGAAACCGAAAAGAAAAUAUUUUUGGACAUCGCAUGUUUCUUUAAAGGAUGGUAUAUAGAUCAGGUAACAAGAAUACUACAAGGUACUGACCACUGUCCGGACAUUGAUAUAGAGGUUCUGGUAAAUAAAUCUUUGGUAACUCUGUUUGGAAGAAAAUUGUUGAUGCAUGACUUGAUACAAGAAUUGGGUUGGGAAAUUGUUCGUCAAGAAUGCCGUGAAGAGCCUGGAAAGCGUAGCAGGUUGUGGCUUCCAAAUGAAAUCAUCCGUGUACUUGAUCGGAGUAAGGUUACGAGUGCAAUUCAAAGCAUAUACCUCCAAUGUCCAACAGGAGACGAUGUUGAUCACUCAAUUGAUAAUGCCUUCUCAAAUAUGGACAAAUUGAGAUUGCUCAAGAUUUCGAAUUUGAAGUGUACCGAAAACAUCAGAUACCUUUCUAAUGAGUUACAGUAUCUGGAAUGGGAUGAAUGUCCUUUGGAUUCUUUCCCAUUAGACUUUCAACCGGAUAAACUUGUUGAACUUCACAUGUAUCUUAGCCGCAUCAAACAACUAUGGAGGGGAAAAAAAGGAUGUAGCAUGCUACGGCUUAUUAAUCUGUGGGGUUCACAAUACUUGAUGUCAACUCCAGACUUCACUGAGGUUCCUGAACUUGAAGUGUUAGUGCUUCGAAAUUGCUCAAGCUUGGUGGAGGUUCACCCGUCUCUUGGAUUUCUGAAGAAACUUCGCUGUUUGGAUAUGACAAAUUGCAAGUCUAUUGAGAGCCUUCCACCUUUCACUAGCUUGGAAUCCCUUGAAAAAUUAUGGCUUUCACUCUGUUCAGGAUUGAAGAAGUUUCCAGAAAUUGAAGGAAAUAUGAAAAGCUUGCUGGAGCUUUAUGUGGAUGGGACCAGCAUUGAGGAAUUGCCUCCAUCAAUUGAACGCUUGACUGGUCUUACCAUGUUGGAUAUGACAGACUGUAAAAACCUUUUGCAUCUUCCCAUUAACAUUGGGUGCUUGACAUCUUUAAAAAGUCUCUAUCUGACAGGUUGCUCAAAAAUUGAUGAGAUACCCGAGAAUCUGAAUGGUAUGAAAUGUCUGGAGAAGCUUCUCAUUGGUCGAACUUCCAUAAGGGAGUUAUCUUUCAUUGUAGGCAUGAAAAAUCUACAGUCUCUAUCCUGCCGAGGAUGUAAAUGUCUAGUUUCAGAAUCAUGCAAAGCUCUGGCUUCGUUAUCGAAUUUGAUAGAGCUAGACUUGAGUUAUUGCAAUCUGAUGGAUGGAGCAUUUCUCAAUGAUUUUGGCAGCCUAAUCUCCUUAACAUUGUUAGAUUUGAGUGGUAAUUGCUUUGCCCGAUUACCUGAAAGUAUCUCUCAACUCUCAAAGCUCGACACUCUGCACUUGAGGAAUUGCGGACAGCUUCAAGUGCUGCCCAAGAAGCUUCCGUUAAGUCUUCAUAACGUGUUUGCAGAAGGAUGUACUUCAUUGACGGAUUACCCAAAUCAAAUCAAAGUAUUGAAUUCAUGGGAGUCGGGAGUGACUACUGUCAAUUCCAUCAAUUCUUCAGAACUCGGAGUCUCACAAAGUUACCUAAUGUCGGUGAUUCCAAGUAAGGAGGGAGGAUCUCCAGAGCUGCAUGUGACAUAUAAGCAUACAGUGGGCAAACAAGUUGAUCAUUAUUUGCAAGCGGAGACAAAUCUUUUGUUUUCUACGGUGCAGAUGCCUUUCUGCUCAGAUUUCAUUGGCAUAUUUCCUAAAGAUGAAAUUCCAGAGUGGUUCAGCACUAUAUCUACCAGAAAUCCCAUAUCAAUCUCGAUACCUCAUCAAAAUCUGGCAGAUGAUAACGAGUGGAAGGGAUUUGCCGCGUGUGCUAUAUUCUCAGUCAAGGGGCAUACUGCUCUCACCCUUAUUGAACCGGAUCCUGAUUUUCUUAAUUACUCGUGUCAAGUCACAUUGGAAACUGAUGUUAUGCGUCUGGAACCCAAAGUGUUGGAAAUGGAAUUACGCCCUCUUGGAUCAAGUUCUCAUCUGCUUGUGAUUUUCUUUUUAUCUAGUUGGAAGUUUCCACAGUGGGGGUUAAAUCGAUCAACUGUAGUGAGGGCUACAUUUGAAACCACCAAUCCAUCCAUGGUGGUCCAGAAAUGUGGAAUUCGUCUAGUCUAUGAGCAAGAUGCUGGAUGGCAUUCCAGAGUAUUCGGGGAAGAUGAUCCGAUUUGUCUGAAUGAAGUUGAGGACGACGCCUUUGUAUUGGAGUCUGGCUGGCUUAGUCAAUAUUUGGAAUGGGAGAAAUUCAUUCCACCCUUGGAAGAAGAAUCCACACUUGUGCUGAUAAAGAACCUUGAUAGAAGGGAUCCCAGAACCCCACUGGAAAAAUACUUUGAAUUGCACUCACGAAAAUAUAGAAAUUGGGACUGGUCUGACCCUCGUGUUGCUUAUUGUGCCUUCAAGAGAGUUGAAAUCUCCAAGUUGAAAUGGUUCAUGCCUUUUAUCAACCAAGGCAACUCUGCAGAAAUCCAACUGCCUUUAAAUGUGUUCGAUGAUGAUAAUUGGUUGGGGUUUGCAGUAUAUGUUCAGUUGUCCCAUGACCAAUAUCCAAACAUUAGUCAUGGCAGUACCACUAUCGAUUCAGAGGAUGUUGUGCUUAAUUUUCGUCUGGACUCUGAUGUUGCUUGGCACGGGUUAUUUGAUCUCAACAUGCAUUUAAGUUUUGAGAUUAGAGAGCCAUCGGUAUUAGAUACGACUUGGUUCCUUUAUUUACCGCGCACUAAAGUCUGUAGUAGGAUGUGGAGGCAAUGCCAAUUGGCCAGGAUAACUAUGUGGUUCUCUAGACCAUGCUUAGCAGUGCAUAGUUGUGCCCUUCGUCUACAAUUUAAGGAGGACGUUGAACAUCUUGUAGAAACACUGACCCUCGCGGAAUUACCUUGAACAUCCCCCAGCAUCUGUGAAGGAGAAAAAGGUGAUCGAAAUCAUAAAUUUGUGAAGGAGUAGAUGUGGAUUGCACAAGUAGUGGCGUAAGAACAGGGACACGCAUUAGAUGAACGGGACUGAACAACAGAUAUUGUGGUAUCAUCUGCACUUGAGAAGUAAUUCAUUUGUUCCAAAGUCUACCUAAAUUUUCUUUUGAAUGGCCUCUAUCUUUAUUUUGGUUAGUAAUAUCAGAAACGCGCUAUCUUACUCUCAA